AUGUCAGGAAACCCUUACGCGGAAGGAGGUCCGAAAGCGGGUUGGAACUUCAGGACGGGGAAGGAAGCUCCAGAUAAGAUGGGCUCUUGGCAUCGGAAGUCCAACUCGUCUGAACAGAAAUCAUCCAACGCCUCUGAUCACUGGAAGAAGAGGCGCGGCAGGGGAAAAGGACAGAGGCCUCAGUACCAAAACGAGUUUCAGCCAGCGAGUAGUGGCAACACCUCAUACCAGAAACCGACCCAACCCACCCACUCAACGUCGGCGUCGGAACAGACCCAACCAGCACAAGGCCCAUCAUCGGGUCCAGGCACGAAAGUAGCCUAUGCUGCACAAAAAGCGGCACAGAACACAUCCAAGUGA